CUCCUUUCCUGCAGGUAUCCCGCUGCAGGAGGGGUUUUAAAGGGGCCGCAGGCGUCCCGAGGAGGACUGGGAGCGCUCCAGGCGUGCGGUGCUGGUGGGAAGGUGGCACCAAGCCGUGGAAGGCAGUGCCGUCUCGUUAGGCAUUAGGAAGAAAUUCUGCUCGCUGAGGGUGAUGAGGCACCGGCACAGGCUCCAGAGGAGUCCUGGUGCCAGAGGAGGCCACGGACAUGAUCGCGGGGCUGGAAUGCCUCCCAUACGAGGACGGGCUGAAAGAGCUGGCGUUGUUCAGCCUGGAGAAGAGCAGGCUCCGAGGAGAACUUAUAGCGACCUUCCAGUACUGAAAGGGGGUCCAGGAAAGCUGGGGAGGGACUGUUCACAAAGGCUUGUAGUGAUAGCAUGAGGGACAGUGGCUUUUAAAUUGGAGAGAGGAAGAUUUAAACUAGACAUUAGGAGGAAAUUCUUUGCAAUGAGGGUGGUGAGGUUGCCCAUCUCUCUUUGGGGAGACCUCAGAGCAGCCUUCCAGUACUGAAACGGGCUACGGGGAAGCUGGGAGAGGCUCUGUCAGGCACUGCAGAGAUAGGAUGAGGGGGAAUGGUUUUAAGCUGAAAGAGGGGAGAUUUAGAUGAGAUAGUAGGAAGAAAUUUUUCCUGUGAGGAUGAUGAGGUACUGGCAUGUGUUUCCCAGGGAAGCUGUGGCUGACCCAUCCCUGGAAGUGUUCAUGGCCGGGUUGGAUGAGGGUUUGAGCAACCUGAUGCAGUGGGAUGUGUCCCUGCCUACAGUUGAUGGGUUGGAACUGGAUGGGCUUUGUGGUCAUUUCCAAUCCAAACCACUCUGUGAUUCUGUGGUAAUUUACAGAGAAAGGCAUCACUGAGCGGAAGAAGCAAAUACACAACUGUGAACAGAAAGAGAAGUUCAAAUAGGAGGCUGUUGUACACGAUAAUUAGCAAAAUGACUCAAACCAAAGUUAAGGUGGUUAAAACAAGAUGUGGGAUGAUCUGACAGAAGCACCUUGGAAAGCUUAGUUGCUAAGCCAGGGUUUAGCCGCAAAGGAGGUCUCUGUCCAUGUGACAACACUAGCAUUACUACAAUGUUUUAGUGGCAGUACAUGCUUAUAUGAGAGGCACUUUACAACUGUGUUUUGCUGGCUUGGAGAGUGAGGAAAUGAACCGAGGAUUGAUACUAAAGUUUGAAAAUCUGGUGCAGUUACAUGGCACUUGCAGACAGCUCCGUGCUCUCUCCUACAGAAAAGUUAACAGAGCGCAAUGGAAGCCUGUGCAGUCAUCUGCGCAUCCCAUGUGCCCCGUUCUCUUGUAUCCACGAUUCUGGCAAAAAGAUAAAUUAAUCCGUAUUACUUUAUCACAACACAGACAUCUAGCUACAAAGGAGGACACAAAAAAGAAGAAAAAGAAGAUACCACUGACACAAGGUGAAGUGGAGAUAAGGCAGAAGAUGACCGUUGAGGAACUUGCACAAGCUAUGGGUAAAGACAUAGAUCAUAUUUAUGAAGCGCUGCUAUACACAGACAUUGACAUUGAUUCACUAGAACCAGAUUCCAUCUUGUAUGAAGACCAUAUCAAGCUAAUUGUUAAAAAAUCAGGGAUGAAGUAUAAAUCAGCAAAACUGAAAGUGGAAAAAGAAAGAGAAAACACAGAUGCUGUGAAGAGGCCGCCUGCAGACCCAGCAGUACUAACCCCACGGCCCCCCGUUGUUACUAUAUUGGGCCACGUGGAUCAUGGGAAAACAACCUUACUUGACAGUCUACGAAAAACUCAAGUGGCAUCGAUGGAAGCAGGGGGCAUCACACAGCACAUUGGUGCUUUUCUUGUGCAUUUGCCUUCUGGGGAAAAGAUAACUUUCCUUGAUACUCCUGGACAUGCAGCUUUUUCAGCCAUGCGAGCAAGGGGCACCCAUGUUACCGACAUUGUCAUUCUGGUUGUAGCGGCAGAAGACGGUGUAAUGGAACAAACUGUAGAAUCCAUUCAACAUGCUAAAAGUGCAGGAGUUCCUCUUAUCCUCGCCAUUAAUAAAUGUGACAAACCUGAAGCUGAUCCUGAAAGAGUAAAGAAGGAAUUGCUGGGUCACGAUGUGGUCUGUGAAGAGUUUGGGGGUGAUGUUCAAGCUGUAAAUAUUUCUGCGCUCAAGGGUGAAAACCUCAUGGUUUUAGCAGAAGCAACUGUUGCUUUAGCAGAGAUGUUGGAACUGAAGGCGGAUUACACAGGUCUGGUAGAGGGGACUGUAAUCGAGUCUCGGAAAGACAAAGGGAAAGGUCCAGUUACCACAGCCAUCAUCCAAAGAGGAACUCUGAGAAAAGGCUGUGUUCUGGUUGCAGGCAAGACCUGGGCAAAAGUGCGUUUCAUGUUUGAUGAGAAUGGCAAAGCUGUAGACACAGCCUCUCCAGGCAUCCCAGUGGAAAUCAUGGGUUGGAAAGAAGUUCCUUCGGCGGGAGAUGAAAUCCUCGAAGUAGAAUCUGAGCAAAGGGCGCAUGAAGUUGUGUCUUGGAGAACCUAUGUUGAACAACAGGAGAGGAUGAAAAGGGAUGUGGAAGUUAUUGAAGCAAAGCAAAAGGAACACAGAACGGAAUAUGAGAAGAAGCAACAGAAGCUAGCCCAUCUGACCUGGAGACAGAGGAAGGCGGUGCUGUACAAGGCCAAUAAGCAUCUAAUGUUCUCAAGGCCUAAAGAGAGGACAGAGACGGACAAAAAUGUGCUGUCGGUAAUUGUUAAAGGUGAUGUAGAUGGAUCUGUUGAAGCUAUUCUGAAUAUUCUGGACAGCUAUGAUGCUGAUGAUGAGUGUAAACUGGAUAUCGUGCAUUUUGGAAUGGGAGAUAUCAGUGAAACUGAUAUAAGUCUUGCUGAAUCAUUCAAUGGUGUUGUGUUUGGAUUCAGUGUGAAAGCCAAUGAAAGUAUUAAGCAGCUGGCUGCUAAAAAGGGAAUAAAAAUUAAACUUCACAAUAUCAUCUACAAACUUAUUGAAGACUUGAAAGAUGAGCUAAAUAGCAGACUGCCCCCAGCUGUGGUGGAAAAUACAGUAGGGGAAGCUACUGUUCUAGACACCUUCUCUGUAACAGUAGGAAAAAACAAGAUUCCAGUAGCUGGAUGCAGAGUACAGAAGGGGCUGCUAGACAAAACAAUGAAAUUUAAGUUAAUCCGUAAGGGGGAUGUUAUUUGGAAAGGAUCUUUAUCAUCACUGAAGCAUCAUAAAGAUGACGUCCAGGUAAUAAAAACAGGUAUGGAUUGUGGAUUGAGUUUGGACAAGUCUAUAGAAUUCUGUACUGGAGAUGAAAUUAUCUGUUAUGAAGAAAAAGAAGUUCAACAGACAACUUCCUGGGACCCAGGAUUUUAAAAUACAUUUGAAUACUGUAACAUUAAAGGACAUAUUUUGUUCCUGGUUUGCCUUCAACUCUUAACAUUAAAUGAACUUUCAGAGAUGCACGAGCUUCUUUGUGUGUGAUGUUUAUAGAACAAUAUUCUGCUUCCGAAUCUUGUUGAGCGACCUAUUUCCCUCACUGGAACAACAGAUAAACUACAACAAUGAACUGCAAGCAUUUCCAAGUGUGUAAAACCACCAUGGUAUAAAUAUUUGACAACUCUUGGUUGCAAAAUAGCUGAGCCAUCUUUUCUCACCCUCAGUGCUGCCAGACAACUUUCCGGUAUGCAUU